AUGGAAAUCCCUUCAUUGACCCAAAACUCUUCUUCCUACAUUGAAGGUGGCGAUGAACAAACAUUGUUUAACAAAGGAAAAGAAGAUGACAUUGAUCAAAUCCUCUCUGUGCUCCCUAGGGAAAGAGGGUGGUUAAGUGAGCACAUUCACUUGUACCAAGGUUUUUGGUAUUCCACGGGAGUUCUCAAGGGACUCCUAAUUCUCCAGCAACAUUUUCGGGCACAACCAAGUGACAUUCUCUUGGCAACAUAUCCAAAAUCGGGAAGAACCUGGCUAAAGGCACUUCUUUUCACCAUAACAAAUAGUACAUGUAUCAGUCAUCCCGAUCAAAAUCCUUUGCUAACGGCAAACCCUCAUAAACUGGUUCCCAUGCUGGAAUCAUAUGCCGCCGCGAAUCCUGUAAACCCAAAGCCACCCAAUUCUCUCAUGCACACUCACAUUCCUUACACCUCUUUACCAGAAUCGACAAAAUCUUCAGGCUGCCAUAUUGUCUAUGUUUAUCGAGACCCGAAGGAUGUGUUAGUGUCAUGUUGGCACUUUGUCAGCAAGCUGAAACCCGAAACGGUGCCACCAAUUUCAUUAGCAGAGGCAUUUGAAAAGUUCUCUAAGGGUGUUUCACCAUAUGGACCAUACUGGAAUCAUGUGUUGGGGUAUUGGAAAGCAAGUAUAGAAUGGCCUGAAAGAGUAUUCUUUAUUAGAUAUGAAGACUUGAAGAAAGAUGUAGUAGUUAAAUCAAGAUUGUUAUAUUGUUGGUCUUGGUUUCCUAGUCGGUAG